AUGACUGAGCAUCAGCAGUUUGCCCCCACAGGCUAUCAGAGGCUGCAGGUUUUGAGGUUCUCUGUUGAAGCAAUCAACAACUCCACCAUCCUCCUGCCAAACAUCUCUCUGGGUUAUGCGAUAUUUGACCACUGCGCCGAUACUGUCAGUUUCGCUUCCGCCUUGAACCUCGUGUCUGUCCACGGCUCCAUCCCAUCUCAAGGAGAUGUCAAAAAGUACUUGCCCAAAGUGAUAGGAGUGAUCGGUCCUUUUGGGAGCACCAAGACCCUCAGCGUGGCCCUGUUGUUCAUGACCACCCUCAUUCCUAUGGUCAACUAUGGCUCUUCAAGCUCUGUCCCAACAGAAAGACAGAAAUAUCCUUCAUUCCUGUGGAUAGUGUCCUCUAAUAAAGACAUUAUAAUGCUGAUUGUUCACAUUUUGCUGCACUUUGACUGGCGCUGGGUUGCUUUCCUCAAAAGCAAGGAUGCCUACAGCGACAACAGCCUGAAACUGUUCAAACUCAGCAUCUGGAAGACAGAUAUCUGCUUGGCCUACACCAAUGAACUCCACAAUAGUUUUGAUUACGCCACAAUGGUCAAAGACAUGGAAAAGCAGAAAUUAUCAGUCAUGGUUGUCUUUGCAGUCACGAGGUACGUGAAGGCUCUCAUCCAGUCAGCGAUUCAGCUGAAUGUCAGCAGCAAGGUGUGGCUUGCAGGUGACGCGUGGUCCCUCAAUAAAAUGCUCAUCAAGGAUAAGGGAAUAAAAAAUAUAGGGGCAGUGCUUGGUGCCGGUGAGACAGUGGGGGCAUUAUCCAGAUUUGCGGAUUUCAUCUAUUCCAAAGACUGCAAGAGUUGCGUUAAUGAGGAAAACAACUGUUUUCUUAACCAGGUUUGUGACUGCAGUGGUCUGACACCGGAGGAGAUCAUCACCGAGAACCCAUCCUACUCCUUCGCCAUCUACUCUGUCACAAAUGCAUUUGCUCAUGCUGACAAUGUGCUGCGAUGUGGAACUGGCCGAUGCCUUGACAAUAGUGCUGUAUGUCCCCACAUGCCCUUGCAUAGCCUACGUAAAUCCAACUUCACGCUUUCAAAUCGCAGCAUUCAGUUUGAUUCAAAUGGUGAUCUCAAGUAUUCAUUCUAUAUCACAGUUUUCUGGAACCGGAGUGGUGACACAGAGGAAAUUGGCUUCUACAAAAAUCAUCUAACACCCUUGCUCUCCAUUGACAGCAGCAUGAUUCAGUGGCAUACAAAUGGAAUGGUGCCUGUUUCAAUGUGUUCCCGGGAAUGUCCAGCAGGAUAUGGAAGAGAGCAAGACGGAAUCCAUAAAUGUUGCUUUAACAGUGAAAUCUGUCCAAAUGGAACAUACAUAAAUGAAACAGAGGAUGCCUACAAAUGCAUCAGCUGUAAGGAAAUGGAAUGGUCCAAAGAAGGAAGCAUAUCUUAUUAUGUGGAGUAUGUCCCUUACACCAACGCAUGGGCCAUAUUGAUCAUGUUAGCUACUGGAUCCUUGGUGGGCCUCUCGUUAGUGAUAGCCAUUGUCUUUGCUAUCAACUACAACACACCUGUCGUCAAGUUGGCGGGGGGCCUGAUGUGUUUCCUCAUUUUAGGCUGCCUCAGCCUGUGCAGUCUCAGUGCAUACUUUCACUUUGGUGUGCCAACUGUUGCAUCUUGUAUCUUAAGGCAUUUGUCUUUUGUUCUGUUUUAUACUGCCUGUCUCGCCUGUUUUGUAGUGCGCUCAUUUCAAAUUGUUUGCAUCUUCAAAAUGGCUGCCAAGUUCCCCAAGAUCCACAGCUGGUGGAUGAAAUAUAACAGACAGUGGCUAGUCAUAACCUUUGCCUUUGUUGCCCAGGUGAUUUUUCUCCUUACUGGGUAUGUCUCUGGAAACCCUAAGCCCUACAACACAGUUUGUUACCAGGACAGAAUCAGAAUCAUACUUGGUUGUUACAACAGCAAUUUAGGAGCUUUCGUGGUUUUGCUUGUAUUGUUGGGCUCCCUUUGUUUCACCUUUUCCUACAUGGGCAAAGAUCUCCCAAAAAAUUACAAUGAGGCCAAAGCCACAACCUUUUGCCUGCUCCUGGUAACACUCACCUGGAUCAUCUUCACCACCGAAUACAUGAAACCAGGGAAGUACAUCCAAACUCUCAAUGCGCUGGCAGUGCUCCCAAGUCUCUACUGCAUCCUGCUCUGGUAUUUUCUCCCUAAGUUAAUCAUUUUUCAGCCCCACAAAAACACACCGCAGUACUUCCAGGGUCUCAUUCAAAGUUACACUAAAGCCAUUAGCAAGUAG